GUUAGAAAUUUUUUCACUUUACUUACGGCUUACGACUAAGCCGUGGGAGGUCUGAUAUCGGAUGUUGUUCCGCUAAGCUUGCUUGAUAACUUUUCGCACGUCUUUUGAUCCCCCGUAAUCGGGUAAUUCGGCUCUAAAGCGAGAUACAUAACUUAUCAUCGUCGAUAAGACCGUGCAUUCUUGAAGCAGCAAUUAUUGAAUCUACUAUCCGCGCAUUUUACAGACGAUACGUCCACCACGCAGGCGAUACAUUCGACAUAUAAUAUUUUUAUAUAAAAAAUGAUAACACGUAACAUGACAGUGAACUUUGUCGAAUGUAAUAAUGCACAAGAAUAAUGCAUUGACGACGCAGGACGCUUCGACCGCAUAUCACAAGCAUUUUCUGCCAACGUUAAAGACAUAUUAUGUAUAAGUCUGGUAUUUAUCGAAAUGGCGAUACUCCAUCACGAGACAGCGGAUCUGAGAGUGCACCGUUGCUCUCUUCGGAAUCCCGCACGAGCCUGGAACCGGCGACGUCCAAUGACUUGACAGAAACGAGCGAUUUGGAUCUCAGCUCGGCUGGCUGUUCCUUCAAGUAUGGAAGUGUCGAUGCAUCCAGUUACAACACGGCUCUCACGACCAUAUCGGCAAGACCACCGCCUUCAACGCGGGAUAAUGGAUUACUUCUUUCUAGAACGGCUGAUCCACCUUGCAUCGUGAAUCUCGUCCACGAAAAGAAUUACGAAACGCUCAACAGCGAUCUGGUAAACGAAAAUUCAGACAAGGCAAGGAAUUAUGCACUGGUAAAAAAGACGAAUGGGCCAGACUUCAAGGUUGGAUCGCUGCAAUUCCAGCCUGACAUCGCGCAGGUUGCCAAGGACGUCAAGCCGAAGCAGAGUUCGCUAGUCACCAUAUUCUCAAUAUGGAACACGAUACUAGGAUCUUCAUUAUUAACAAUGCCAUGGGGAAUUGCGAUGGCCGGUUUCUUCCCCGGGCUCGUCCUCAAUUUCCUGAUGAGCGGUUUAUGCCUGUACACCGCUUAUCGUCUUCUAGCCGUACGUGUAUAUCACGGUGGCACAGAAAAUAUCGAGGUCUUGGACUUGAGUCGAAUAUAUCUGAACAAAUGGGCGGAAUACGUCGCUAGAAUCUUUAGUAUUGGCGUACUGAUGGGCGCAAUUAUAGCUUACUGGAUAUUAAUGUCUAAUUUCCUGUACAAUAACGUUAAUUUUAUUUAUGAUAACGUAGCUGGUUGGUCACCGCAUUCUGUAUCUGAGAACGUCUCGCAUACGGAAGCUUUAUGCCCGAGAAAGGAAAUUCAUCAGGACAACAAUACUAUUGUAAUACACGAGAAGACAUUUGACGCGCUGGGACCGGCAUGGGAUCUACACAAUACAGUGCCUGUGUUCUUAGCUUUAUUGAUAUUUCCCUUUCUAAAUUUUAACAGCACAACAUUUUUCACAAAGUUCAAUUCCCUCGGAACAGUAUCGAUUGUAUAUUUAGUUAUCUUCGUUCUGAUAAAAUCCGCCUCAUGGGGCAUAAAUAUGGACCAAACUGAAUGGGAGGCGAGUUGGGUAAUACGACCUACAUUUCCAGCUCUUACUGGAAUGCUGGCAAUGUCGUUUUUCAUUCACAACAUUAUAGUCAGCAUAAUGCAGAAUAAUCGCAAUCAAGAAAAGAACUGCAGAGAUCUAACUGUAGCAUAUGCUCUCGUCACAUUAACUUAUAUCAUCGUUGGCACAGCGUUUUUUAUAUGUUUCCCUCUGCCUAAAUCAUGCAUUGACGAUAACUUAUUAAACAAUUUUCAAAAGUGGGACGGCCUGACGAUAGGCGCCCGUAUGGUGCUACUGUUCCAAUUAAUGACCGUCUAUCCCCUGCUCGCGUACAUGUUGCGUAUCCAGUUGCUCUCGGCGAUAUGCAAAGGACUGUCCAACAGGAGCUUAGUGCUCGUUAUUAAUCUCAUAUUGGUCUCCAUAUGUAUCUUAUUCGCGACAUUCAUGCCUUACGUCGGGACUAUCAUCAGAUAUACCGGCGCUUUAAGCGGACUAAUCUACGUCUUCACUUUGCCGAACUUACUUCAUGUGGCAAUCUUAAGGAAGGAGAGGAAGUUGACUAUGUGCUCUCUCUUAGUCCACUUGAGUAUACCUGUCAUCGGAGUUGCAAAUCUCAUCGCUCAAUUCUUCAUUACGGAUCGUUAGUUAUGUAAUGAAUACCUGACAGACUGUACGAUUGCAUUUACAUAAUACUUCAAUAAUACUUUAACUGUACCUAAGUAAUGAUGUAUUGCAUAUCGCGUUGUGUAUAUAAGAGAUACAAUCGGUGUUUUAAAGUUACAAAAAUAGCUUUAAGUAGUUAACCGUAUCAAGUGCAAAGCAACAUUUAUACGUGCGUAUUGAAUAGAUUAUUAUUUACAAAAGAAUCUUGUGAAUUGUAUUAAAUUUAAGAAAUACCUGACAUUAUAUACAUGUAAGUCCACUGUAGAGAGAUGUAGAUAAAAAACUAUAACUUAUUUCACACUUAAUUAAGAUACAUGCAUUUGACUCAAUAAGGAUAUAUUUUACAUCCAUUUUGCUUACGAUUAGCACAGAAUUAGCACAAACAUGAAUAUUUACAUGAAUGUUUUAUAUGUCAAUAAACAUAUAGUAUUAACAUA